UAUUGAGGGAAACAUAUCUUUCUCUCCAUCUAUCCAAGUAGAAGCAAACCCCUGUGGGAUCUUCAAAUUUAAUUUGGAGAGCCACAAAAGGCUUAGUUUGUGACAAGACAGGUAUAUAUCAUCCAGGGCAAACUUUCAUAGGGGGUUUCAGUUCAAUCUCUUUUCGUUCCAUCGAAAAAUUAUAUUAUAUAAAUAAGGUAUCAUUGUCGUGAAGCGGAAUCUUUCAAAAAGAAAAGGCAAUAUGAGGCUCAACAUAGGCAUGUGUUUCAUGGUUUUGUUCAUGGCAACUCGUGUAAAUAGCUUUGUGGGUAUCACUUGGGGCAGGCAACAAUCACAACAAUUGGUUCCAUCAAUGGUUGUUGACUUACUUUUACAAAAUAAAAUUCCAGCAUUGAGAUUAAUGACUUCAGCCAAUGAUAUUAUUGAAAUAUUUUCUGCUACUAAUAUUAGCAUCUCUAUUACCCUUGGACAUCAAACCUUUAAUUUGGUAAAUAGGAAAGACCUCGCCUAUAUAUGGGUAAAUGAUCGAGUCAAGGAACCUGUCAACAAAGGUGUAAAUAUAGUGGAAGUAACUAUUGGGUCUGAACCUUUUUCGAGAUCGUUCUUUAGAGAAACUGCAAAGACCUAUCAAUUGAUGAAUGUGAUAAAACUUGUACGAGGAGCUCUAAAUGAUAUGGGUUUAGGGUAUAUAAGAACAACAACUUCCCAUGGUAUGGAUGUAUUAAAGCUUACAAAAAUUCCAUCAGAAGCCGAUUUUCGCGAUGAUAUAAAAACCCUAAUGCUUGAAUCAUUAGAGUUCUUCAAUCAAACAGGAACACCCUUUCUUUUGAACAUGUUUCCAAUCCAAAUGGUUAGAGAAAUACUUGAAUGUCCAAUGGAAUUCGCGUUCUUUGAUAAUAAGAGCGAGUUCAAGAUUCAAGAUGGUAAUAUCACGUACAGAAAUGCAGUGGAGUUAAUGAUUGAUACCGUUGCAUGGGCAAUAACAAAAGCAGGAUACCCUAAUAUGAAAAUUAUGAUAGGUCAAAUUGGUUGGCCAACAGACGGAUAUCCACAUGCAAAUAUUGAAAAUGCACGUAGAUUUCACAAGGGUUUAUUGAAAUUUUUAGCAUCAAAUAAAGGAACACCUCUUAGGCCAGGGCCUAUAGAUGUAUUUCUCCAUAGUUUAUCAGAUGAAAAUGAGUUUCGUGCUAUAUUUGGUGCAUUUCAAAGACACUGGGGAAUUUACGAAGCAGAUGGAAAUCCAAAAUACAAGAUUGAUUUUUCAUUACAAGAUCGUGAUAUUUAUCCAACUCAAGCUAAGGGUAUUGUGACAAUGCCAAAUAGAUGGUGUAAAUUUGAUGGGGACAAUAGUGAUAAAGAUUUGGUUAAUAAAUAUUAUAAUUUUGCAUGUCAAGAAGCAGAUUGUACACGUUUGGAAAAAGGAGGUUCGUGUGAUGGAUUAAGUGAUGAUUCUAAGAUUUCUUAUGCUUUUAAUGCAUAUUUUCAAAAGGAGAAGCAAAAGGUAGAAGCUUGUGAUUUUGAUGGUUUAGGUGAAAUUACAGCAGAAAAUCCAUCUGUGGGUAAUUGUGAGUUUCCUAUUGAGAUAUUGGCAUUACAAGAUCAAAUUGGUAGAGAUACUUCUAUAUCAAUAAGAAUUUGAUGGAAAUAUCAAAAAAAAUCUCAUCUAAGAAUCAAAGGCAUCAUAUUUU